UUAAAGCGCGACUUGUAAAUAACUAUAAUGAUAAUGAUUAUGCGUAGUGUGUACGGUCAAGGAAUUUGAUUUCAGUAUUGAUUUCAGACCUUGUCAUAGUAAUAAUAGUAUCAGUCCCGUAGCGACCGACUUUCAUAUUGAUCAUCACUGUGACAAGGCACUAAAUGGUACUCAAAUUAAAUUCUUUGACACUACCUAUCUACAAAAUAUCAGUGAUAAUGAUAAUGAAUUAAAUGACACAUUUGAUUUUAUCAACAAAAUACCUAGUGCUAAAUAUAAUUAUCAUUGAUAAAUAAUAAUCAUUAACGAUAUGAGAUUUUAACUUUGAAUCUCACAAUGACGUAAACAACUAUAGAAUAACAAAAAUAUCCACAGCUAACGUUUGUAUUUAAAUUACUUGGAUUCCUUAAGCAUAAAGUUACCAAUAGAUCGAAGUAGCAAUUCGUUUAAUCCUAAAGAGUUAGAUUAGUUUUACUUACACCUUAUAAAAAAAAACAAAUAGAGCAGAUAGAUAAGUCACUACUUAUCUUGUACGUGUAACAAUUAUCGACAGCAUUAAUUGUAUAAUUUAUAUCGCAACAAUUAGUUAUAUUUCAUGAUAACUGAUCAACAAUCAUAACAUCAGAACCAAUUGAAAGGGAAAGUCGUGUGAAAUAAAUAUACAAUGGCAGAAGCGGUGGAACAAUUGCAGAUAUUUCUUCAAAAUAUCGCCAAAAAAGAGAAUUAUCUACACAGUAAGAUUGACAUCAAACCAAUCUCUUCUGAAGGAGCCAACUACACCGCAGAUUUAUACCUAGUCACAAUUUCAGAACCUCUAAAGCCGGAUAUACAUAUUUUUGCUAAAACCGCCAGUUUAAAUGAGGAUGCAAGAAAAAACAAUGAAUUUCUAUCCAGAGUAUACGAAACAGAAGCACUUUUUUACUCUGAAUUGGCCGUAAACUUUGAAAGACUUUACAAUAAGUGCCAAGUACCUAUAGAAAACAGGUUGUAUAUACCCAAAUAUUACGGGCAUUUAUUAGUCCCUUACCAGGAGAUUCUAGUUCUGGAAAAUCUUGAGGCAAAAGGAUUUAAGAGUUUUGAUAGAAUGAAAACUUUCAAUUGGGAUUAUGCAUCAACUGCUGUUACGCAGAUGGCUAAAUUUCAUGCUCUUGGAUUAGCAUUGCGUAAUGAAAAUCCUCAUGAGUACACAAGAUUAGUCAGCAAUUUUAAAUUUGAUGUAUCCGAGAACCAAGAGAUGAUGAACUCGCUUUUAAAAUUGGCCAUUGAGAAUGGAUGUGAAGGCUUGAAGAGUGAUCAUAAAGAACGACUGCAAAAGUAUUUCGCCUCAACGGAGAAUAUAGCGACGUUGAUAACAACGAUGACGAAAGACGAAACAUUUUUGAUUCAUGGAGAUUUUAGACCAAGCAAUUUGAUGCACAGGCGUCGCAACGGAAAGCUGGAAAUAGUCCCUAUAGACUACCAAACCCUGGGACGUGGCAACCCAGUAGGUGACCUGAUGCAUUUAGUAUUCUCUGGCUCUGAUGAGGAGUUCCGUCGUCUCCACUACCAACGGCUCAUGGAUAACUAUUUCACGCAGCUGACCUUGGCGUUGCAGCAACUUAAUGUGGAUGUAGAGAAGAUGUAUCCUAGGGAAACCUUUGAUGCAGACCUGAUUAAGUUCAGACCCGUGGGUCUGUACAUGAGUCUGAUAAUGGCGGGCGUGGUAACAGUGGCCCCAGAAGAAGCGCCCAAGCUGGAUGGAGACCUAACCACAUUGCAUGUCAAGCCCAACCAACUCGCUUUGGAUCGCAUAAAUGGUAUCGUUAAAGACUACGUUCGAUGGGGAGUUUUGUAACGAAUUCUAAAUAAAUUUAAUGGGGAUUUAAGGCAAAAGAAAAUUAAGGAUAGUUACAAUUAGGUUUUUCUGCUUCUGUAGAUUUCUAAUUUCAAAUCUCUGGCCUAAAGUUGGUAAUGACUUUAGAUUACUAGAAGUUUCAUCUGGUUGCUGGAGUAAUUUUAAAUCAAUAUCAAUACGUUCAAUUUUUUUAUUGAAAUAGGUUUUGCCAACAUUCUUAUAGUAACUUUGGAAUUUAGGACAAUGUGGCAUUAAGAAUGUCGAGUUAUGAUUUUUUUUAAUAAUCUGCUUUUAUUUCUGCAAUUGCGGUUUUUGAAUGAAAUUGAUUUUUUGUUUCUGCUCCAUACAUUUAAAAAAAAAACAUAACUCUACACUCUGAAUGCCAAAUUGUCCCAAAUUCAAAACGCCGGAUUUCAGUCGACAGUGCGACGUCGUGUCGUAAAAGUCUACGACAUUAACCGUAAAACACGAAGUCGUGGUACGAUGCACGGCACGACAUCGUGUGGUCAAAACCAACGUCCGCCGGCCAGUAUCAGUAAUUCUUCAAUACUUGGUACUUAUACUUAUUCCAAAGAAAAUAAUGAAACUUUUUGGUAUCACUUUUCAGGACACUAUACCCCUCCUUUGUCCCUCCCCUUGAUGUGAUUUCCAUCAUUCAUGAAUCAUGAUACAAAUAAAUGGAUGGACCCAGUA